GCGCUAGGACGCGGCAUGAAGAGUGAUGGAUUGGACCGACCCCUGAGAGCGUGCUCCCGCGAACCUCGUUGUCCGCCACGUGUGCGCCUCCCUUGUUGCACAGCCGCAGCACAGCCAUGAGCGUGCCCAGCUCCCCGACCACACCUGCAUGCUGCCGCUGAGCCUGCAGCGGCUGCGUCGGGACGCUGCAGCGGCUGCACCGGGGCGGCGCCCGCCUUGCGGCGAGAGAACGUGCGGCUGGCGCGCGGUGGAGUGCGCAGCAUAGCAUGCUCCCGCGCUGCGUGCGACUUUUCUGCGCAGCCAGCACGUGCCUCUCCUUGUCCUCGCCCGAGCCGGAGAGUUUUCUCUCUAGCGCACGGAGGAUCUGCUUGUCCAUCAAGUUCGCACGUCGCGAGCUCCUCGCUGAGAAGAAGUCACACACACACAGCCGUCGAGGCUGCGCUUGGCCGCUGCACGGAGGUCCGAGGCCAGAAGAAAGCGGCGCCUCGCUCCCCGCGGCGGCGCGCUGCAACGCCAGCGUGGCUAGGCCCGCAGCGGCAGAGAGGCGCUCUGCACGAAGGACCAAGCUCACAGCACGAGGGCCUGCGCGAGAAGGUGUUUCUCGUGAUCAAGCGAGCAGAAAGGCAAAAUCAAGGCAAGGCUGCCUGCCCUUGCGUCGCCUCGCUCCUCCACUCCGGAGCCGGGAGCGACCGCCAGGGUGCCACGUGUGCAGCCGUGUCCCGGCAUUCGGGUGCCCAGCCUCGGAUGCAUCGGUGCAUCACUUCAUGCCGUGCGCUCAAUUGCAAAGCGAUGCCGGGCUGGGCGGCUGGGAGGCGCGGAGGACCCACACGCAGAGAGGAAGAGGCUUCGGGGGGCGCCAACUUGGACCCUGCCGGUUGCAGCUGCGCUCUGCUGUGCCGCUGCUGCUCCGCUCCGGAGGCGGUGCUCGCUCCGACGACGACGCGCGACAACGUGCCCGACAUCGAGCGCGAGGUGGAGCAGGUGCGCCAGCGUGCCGCAGACGACGCCGCCGGAGCGCAGAGAGCGAGCGAAAAAAGUUGCAGCGUCGGCAGAGCGCCUCUCGGGCCAUUUUGUGAAAGGGGGCGGGCCCUGGCGGUAGGAGCGCUGUGCGAUGGAAGCCGAGUGGAGGUGCAAAGAAGGUCGCAGAUGCUGACGACUGACGAGCCGCCCACGCG